AAAACAUGUGGUGGUUUGUUAAGACCUCAUGCUGUUUGGUUUGGUGAAAAUCUUGACCCUGAUAUUCUUUCUAAAGUUGAUGAAAUUAUGUCAAAUACUGAUGUUUGUCUAGUUGUCGGUACCAGUGCUGUUGUAUAUCCAGCCGCAAGUUUUGCUCCAUCUUUAGCUCGUAGAGGUGUUCCUGUCGCUGAAACCAACAUAGAAGUUACCCCAUCAACGGAUUCAUUACAGUUUCAUUUUCAAGGACAGUCUGGAGAUAUUCUACCAAAGCUAUUCAAUUCAUUAGUUUUAAAAUAG